AUGGAAGGAAAGCUCGCGUCGUACACAUACAUCGCCCGCUAUGAUCCGCCCAAUUGUCUCGACUCGAUUCCAAUGCGAGACACUGUUGAGGAGAUCCAGGGGACGAACGAGGACGGAAAGGGUAUCUCGGACGGUAGUCCGGUCUCUGACCACCGGCUAUAUGACGAUGCAGCGCAUCAUCGUGCGUUGCAGCGCGUGCGGUGUGUGGCAGAGGAGCGCCGGCGAUGGUUCGAGGAGCCGGGGAUAGGGUGCCAGAAGGCGCCAGAGGGUGCCAGAGGGUGCCAGAAUGAUGCGUUGGGCUCGGGCUAUGAUGUCGCCAAUGAUGUCGUCCGGGGGGGUCGAUGUGGUCGGGGUCGAUUCAGGAUCGCAGGAGGCUGA